UCAGACCCGGGAGCCACCGGGGGACACAGAGCAGGCAGGCCGGCCGGGCGGACCCCGCAGGGAGCGCGCCGAGGGACGGUCCUCGAGGCUUGCCAGGUGGCCGCAGUGAUGCCAGGCCUGUGGAGAGCAAUCGCCCUGGAGACCCUUCUGGGCUAUAUCUCUUGGUCUCUCUACCACGGCCUGGGACCCAUGAUCUAUUACUUCCCGCUGCAAACGCUGGGGCUCACGGGGCUGGAACUGUUUGGCUUGGCCUUUCUCUCCCCGAUACUCUUAAUAAUUCCUCCAGUCUGGAAACUCGUUAAUCAGAAGUGGACGCUCUCUCUGCUGAGGAUCGUCACUGUCGGCAGCAUAGCCUCCUUUGAGGCUCCGGAUGCCAAGCUUCGGUUGGUGGUCCUGGCACUUGGCGUAUCUUCUUCACUGAUAGUACAAACCGUGAGCUGGUGGUCAGGAAGUGGAUUGCAGAGGUACCUCAGAAUCUGGGGAUUCAUUUUGGGACACAUGCUUCUUGUUGUCCUCCGCAUAUGGUACACAUCAUUAAACCCGAUUUGGAGUUAUCAGAUGCCCAACAGAGUGAUAUUGACCUUGAGUGCCAUAGCUGUGUUUGACCGCAUUGGCACAGAUGGUGACUACAGUAACUCUGAGGGGAAGAAGCCCAGUGAGGUCACCAAGGGCACGGCCUCUCGAUCUAGCUGGCUGUUGCCGGGUGCCGCCUUUGGGAGCCUCAUGUUCCUGACUCACUGGAUCUUUGGAGAGGUCUCUAUUGUUUCCAGAUGGGCAGUGAGUGGUCAUCCUCAUCCAGGCCCUGAUCCUAACCCAUUUGGAGGUGCGGUUCUGCUGGGCUUGGCAGGUGGGUUGAUGCUUUCAGGCUCGUCGUGGCUUCGUGAUGCUGGCUUAGCCUGGUGGGUGACAGGAGCAGCUUCGACUGUGGGUCUCCUUUACCUGCGCACGUGGGCAGCAGCUGUUUCUGGAUGUGGACUGGCGGUCUUCACCGGCUCCAUGUGGCCUCAAGUACUGGGACACCUUGUGAACCCAGGGACAAACCCUGGGGAAACCAUGGCCACUGGCAUGGCCGUUUAUACUUUAGAGACACUUUUCUGUGCCUGGUGCACAGCCUUCAAGUUUGUUCCUGGAGGUGUCUACGCUAGAGAAAGAUCUGAUGUGCUUUUGGGCACCAUCAUGGUAAUUAUUGGAUUGAGUAUGUUGUUUGGACCUAAGAAAAACCUUGACUUUCUUCUUCAAACAAAAAAUAGUCCCAAAGUGCUUUUGAGAAGGACUGAAAAGUACCUGAAACUUAUUUUGUGGCUGCUGGUUGGUGUGGGAUUAUUAGGAUUAGGACUACGGCACAGAACCUAUGAGAAGAAACUAGGCCAAGGGGCACCCAUGAAAGUGGUGUCCGCUGCCAUCUGGCCCUUUCGGUUUGGAUAUGACAACGAGGGAUGGUCGAACCUGGAGGGGUCCGCUCAACUGCUCACGCAGACAGGUGCAGACUUUAUCACCAUUCUGGAGAGCGAUGCUUCUAAGCCCUACAUGGGGAACAACGACUUAACCAUGUGGCUGGGGGAGAAGCUGGGCUUCUACACAGACUUUGGGCCAAGCACCAGGGAUCACACUUGGGGGAUCAUGGUGCUGUCGCGGUACCCAAUUGUGAGAUCGGAGCAUCACCUUCUCCCGUCGCCAGAGGGCGAGAUUGCACCAGCCAUAGCUCUGACUGUUAACAUCUCCAACAAACUGGUGGACUUUGUGGUAACACAUUUUGGCAAUCACGAAGAUGACCUUGACCGAAAGUUACAGGCCAUUGCAGUUUCAAAACUAUUGAAAAAUUGCUCAAACCAAGUGAUAUUUCUGGGCUAUAUCACUUCAGAACCUGGUUCCAGAGAUUACUUACAACUUACAGAACAUGGCAAUGUGAAGGAUAUUGACAGCACAGAUCACGACAGAUGGUGUGAAUACAUCAUGUACCGUGGCUUGAUCAGGUUGGGUUACGCAAGAAUUUCUCAUGCAGAACUGAGUGACUCUGAGAUCCAGAUGGCCAAGUUCAGGAUCCCUGAUGAUCCUACCAAUUACAGAGACAACCAGAGAGUAGUCAUAGACCCCAGAGGACUUCCCAAGAACGUUCAUUUCAACCCCAGAUUUGGCUCCCACAAAGAAGGACACAAUCAUGAAAACAACCACCGUUUUCACAUGAAUACACCCAAAUACUUCGUUUGAACCCUUUUAGACAAGAAGUCAUCGUUGACUGGGGAACUAGGUAACAGCUCAAAAAAGAGUUCAAUGAAAAUGGAUGGACACAUGUGAUGAACCUCAAGAGUUAAAAAGGGUGACAUCAGGGGCUGGAGAGAUGGCUCAGAGGUUAAGAGCAUUGGCUGUUCUUCCAGAGGUCCUGAGUUCAAUUCC